GCAAAUCUUACAGAUAAUGAGAGACAAUUUUAAUAGAAAACAAUAUGUAAAAAUUAUUGAAAAAUUCUAUAAAAACUUAUAUUUUCUUUAGCUUUAAGAUUUAUUUUUUUUUCCCCAAUUUACACCUGUGUAAUACAUGGGUGCUGUAGCACUAGUAUCAUUUAUAUGUUGCCACACUUGCCAGUCAUGUUUAAUCAUUUGCCGUUCUCCCUCAUACCUGUUAAUAUUAUACUGUUGCUGCUUAAAACAAAGAAUGAAAAUGAGCGUGAGUCUCAUCAUAUUUGGUUCCAUUUAUGGUCUUUGUGUCCGGGAAGGGAAUAAUUUGAGCUAUAUCUUUAUGAAAGCAGCAAACUGCAAUUUUUAAACUUAUCUUAAGUUCAACUCCUAAAAGAAACAAUAUGAGCCAAGACAUAAGAUCUCUCUCAAAAUGUCUUGUAUUACUAUUUGUACCUGGGGCUUGAGCAACAAGAAAUUGUGCGAUCUUACUUCUCAUCACUGUGAAGAGUGGGCUGUGCAUAAAUUAUGCCUUAUAGCAUAUGUUAUGUUUUAUGUAUUUGUAAAUUAUCUGUUAAAGGAAAUAUUUAGUAGCUUGAUCCAUAUAUAACGUAUAAGAUGCUUAAGUUGGAAAAUUGAUACAACAUUGUCGAAUAGCUCUUGACAGCAUCUUAUAUCUGGCAAAGUGCGAUAUUUGAACUCUAAAUCACAUCAUGAAUUCUUAGUUAAUUAAGUAGUUUCUGCAAAAACCAUGUUACUUCAUAAAUACAUAGUGGACAAGCCAUCUUCUCUCUCCACUUGAAUAUCAAAUAACAUGUAUGUAGGGCAGGAAGAUCCUUCACAGGUUUUAGCCUUGGCGAGUGUAUGGAUUUUGAUUCUUGCUUUUGGAUCUUUGGCCUGCCUUGUGCCUAUAAUAUACACCAUCGCUCAAUCUUAUCAAGAUGGUUUCAACUCGGGAUUGCCUUACACUAAUCAAGCUUCUGCACUAGAAUCUCUUGCCACACUCAAUGCUACGCUCUUCAUGUUGUUUGGAUCCUUGAUUGGGUACCCAAUUGCAUCGGCCUCUGUUGGAGCACUUCAAGGACUCUGGAGGAAUGACUUGGUGGCACUGAAAGGGGCAUGCCCAAAUUGUGGUGAGGAGAAGGCCCAUAUUUUGCAGGUGUUUGCAUUUGUUAGAUCUGAUCGUUCUACUCACUCGCCACAUAGAGUGCAAUGUCAUGUAUGUGAGAGCUCCUUGGAAUUUCGGACAAAGGUUGAGGUACUCGAGUCUGCCCCACAAUCACCUGGUAGACGAUGGGUGUAUGGUCGCAUCUACUUAAUUCGGCCUAUGGGCAGACGUCAAAGAUGGGCUUAGGAAUGAUAUAUAUACUCUGCCUUUCCUUCAUUACCUGGAUCUUCUUGUACAGGGAGAUAUUCAAGUUAGAUGCUUUUCAGUUGACAAUAAACAGCAUCAGAUUUACCAUCUGGGGGCAUUUAUUUUAUUUUAUUUUGAUGGUCGGAUGUAUACUGUACAAGGAUCUGUAAAACCUUGUGGAAACACCAUCACUCUAACGAAUUGUUCUGUGUAUGUGUACAAAGUAACGCCACAAUGCACUCAAUUUCACCCUCAACAUAGGCAUGGAUUGAGUUGUGGUAUAGGUCUUAAAAAUAGUGUGCUGGUACUAUGCUACUUGUUAAUUGUCUCUCAUUUUGGGUAUUUAUUUCAUGAUGAAAUGCCUUGGCGGUCA